GAUUCAGUGGCACCAGUACAGAGGAGGAAAGGAAGACAGGCGAAAAUGACUUGCUGACGUGGCGCGGUUCAGUUAACUCCUACACAGACGCACACGUGUGGCAGUGUGGCGAGAGAACUCCAUCAACACGGGGGUGGGAAAUGGGGGGAGCAAACCGUGAAAACCAAGGAAUAUAAUGUACAAAACGAGGGAAAAGCUUGUGCCACAACAGCAAAACCACAAUAUUAUGUGAAAAUCCGUUAUUUGGAGCAGUAAAAACGUGAGGUGUGACGCAUUACUGAUAUGAGAAAUCUUAAAAGUCCGGCAAAGGAGUUGAGAUACGUCACUGUGAGUCGUUGUAAAAGAACAUUAUCAAAGGUGGUGUAUGUCGCCUUGAAAUGAAAGAUCUUAGUAAAGACAUAACCAUGAGGCGUGGCUGCAGAGUUACUGCACCACUGAUCUUCGUUACAUUAUUUUACAUAAUGAGCUGCAUGAUUUUUCUACUUUGUCCAAAAAGCAUCAAACCAAAACAUGGAACCAUCAAUAAUACAUCCCAAUUAAUAGUAUAUGGCAGUCCGUCUUUGGAAGCACCCAUGGUAAUAGCAAUCUGUCAAUCCGUUCAGGGUAGCGAGGCAUCGUCCAGCAACAUGACACUUGAUAAGAGGGUACAAUCGUGGUCAAGGCAGGCCGAGCAGCUCACUACCAUGCUAAAAACCUUACUUUACUUUACAAAGUCUCCACUGUGGCGCAUCAUUGUAAUGACCGAUACUCGUGACACCUUCAACAAAGUGCUCAACCUCACCACCGUCUUUUCCGGCAGCCGCCUCCUCCUGCAGCACCGGCCCAUCUGGCUGCCGCGGGACGAGCCCGUCAUCAAGGGACACUGGCGGCCGUGUGCGUGGGCCAAACAAUUCAUGGCGGAGGCGCUUCCUGACCAAGACUCGGCAGUGUACGUGGACACGGACGUGUUGUUUCUGGGCCCUGCCGAAGAGCUGUGGUGGCUGCUACACUCCAUGGGUCCCCGCCAAGCCCUGGCCCUGGCCCCCGAACCUCAGUACCUACUCGACACUCCCAAGCGACCCUUCGCAGGCAGCGUGGGACUCAACACGGGCGUUAUGGUGGCUAACUUGACACGUCUGCGCCAACUGCCUGGAGGAGGCUUGGGCAGCGCCAUACUAAACUUUGGUGCCAUUACACCGCCCCCUCGCCACGACCAGGACGCCCUCAACCAUUAUCUCCUACACAGACCUCACCUUCUGCUGGAGGUGACGUCACGCUGGAACUUUUCUCCCACCUGCUGCUUCCUCGAGGCGCCGCCAUGUGCAGACUGCCUCUCAGCUGGCAUCCUCGUGCUUCACGGCUCCGAAGCCACUUUCUUCAGAAAUAUUGAUAGAAAAUUUUUGUUGGUAUAUUCCACCAUGGCCGCUUUGAGACUUGAAGAUAGUCCUCGACUUCUGCUAGCAGGACUAACGUGGCGCUUGGCGAUGCUUGAUGCAUGGAGCCACGACUACAUUUGCAGUAAUUACACUAACUUUAAUCAGGGCCUCACUCUGGCACUUAGUGACGCAGCAGUUUCUUGCAGUAAUUAAAGGCAAUAAAAAUUCCUGUAAAGAACCUAACUUCAAUUACAUUUGAUAAGU